AUGGAUAAGCUACUACGGGAAAGAAAGUCACUCGACGCGCGGUUGAAGCGAGUGUCUCAAAACUACCAGCAGCUUGUUAGAAACACGGACUUGGACGAAAUCGACAUCCAGACUGAGCUGGAUAACCUCCUGGAAAUUUGGGCAACUUACCUGGCUGUUCACAAACGGAUGGUGGAAUGCUGUCAAGAGGAGGAAAUGGAUGAGUUACUGGAGCAUCAAUCGACGUUCGAAGAAAGCUUUUGUGCACUGAAAUGUUCCUUGUUAAAAUUGCGUAAAAGAUUCGACUUUUCAUCUACGCGCCAUGAGGCAGUUUCGCAAGACAAUGGCGACGCCAUUCGUAUAUUGACGGAACAGCAAGCGGAGUUCAUGCGCCUUGUUUCCAGCGGGCUCAAUGCAUCAGUAAAGGGAAAUAAUCCACCUUCUGUCACCCACCAGAAUAUUACACCCCAUACGGACGUCAAGUUACCGCGCAUGAAUUUACCAACGUUCGGUGGUGAAAUCUUAGAAUGGCCGUCUUUCUUCGACCUGUUCGAUAGUGCAGUGCAUAAAAAUACCGCUCUCCAGGAUAGUCAGAAGCUCUAUUUUCUAAAAACAAAUCUAGUCGGGGAAGCAGCUGCAUUGAUAUCACACCUACGCAUAGCAGAUGUCAACUAUGGACCCGCGCUAGAUAAGCUGAAAGAAAGAUACAACAAACCGCUUGAGAUAGCUGAACACCACAUUCAUCGAUUUUUGUCCCAACAAUCAAUGACGUUCCCAUCUGCCGCCGGGCUACGUUCGUUACACGACGUGUCCGAUGAAGUGGUCAGAGCAUUGAAGGCCAUGAAUCAGGAAGGAAGAGACAUUUGGUUGUUAUAUUUGCUAACCGAAAAGCUAGAUCCAGAAACCAAGCAACUUUGGAGCCGUAAAAGGUCAGAAUUAAAGGAUGAAGAAAUCACCUUGGAAGGAUUCCUGCGUUUCGUAGAUGCACAAAGCUGCGCGCUAAAAUCUGUUGCAGUGUAUCGCCCGAAGAAGCCGACAUACGCUAUGCCCAAUAAAUCAUUCGUGCGAGGACCAACAGCGUUAGUUGCUACCGGACAACCGUUACCAACAACAGUGUGCGUUUUUUGUAUGAAAUCGCCACAUCUUCUGUACCAAUGUGGUAAGUUUUUGCACGCAAAACCUAGUGAUCGACUCCAUUUUAUUCGUAGGCAGAACCUGUGUGAAAACUGCCUUAAACAACACACCGACGAGCCUUGCCGGUCCGGCAAUUGUCGAAUAUGUGAGCUGCCACAUCACACUCGCUUACACGAUGCUUUGGAAAUGAAUGCCAUUCCUGCCCAAACUAGCAAUGUAGCAGUCCUAAGCAACACACAUGAAUCAGCAUCAAUGUCACAAACGCUGAUUUCCCCACUUAAUUUCACGAGCGAUCUAACUGAUACGAAUGUUCUUCUACUAACCGUCACCAUCAACGUAUUCGAUAAAUUUAGACGUCCAUACACAUGCCGAGCGGUUCUAGAUUGCGCUUCCCACACUAGUUACAUCACCGAAGAUUUGUGUGCAAAAUUGGGUCUAAAAACAUCAGAAGUUGAUUUCGAGUUUGGUGGAAUUGCUGGUUCCUCUAAUCGCGCAAAUAAGGGAGCACUAGUAACAUUCGCCUCGCGCUGCUCAGACUACCAAAAUGUCGUGCCGUGCAUUGUUCUGCGACGUAUUACGUCUGACUUACCGCUUAAGCCAAUCAAUAUAUCUAAUUGGCCAAUUCCUACAACGAUCAAUCUGGCUGACCCUCAAUUUCACCACCCGGGAAAGAUAAGUAUGCUACUCGGCAAUAAACUCUUCUUUCAGCUACUGGAAUCAGGAACAAUUAAACUUGAUUUGGAUGGUCGUCUACCCGUGCUACAAAACACUAAACUUGGUUGGGUAGUUUCUGGUGGUUACAACGACAGCAGUGAUCAGUCACAAUGCACUCUGUCGUCAUGCUUACUCACAACCGCUAAUGAUCCUUUGUCUGAUCAACUACAGAAAUUUUGGGAAUACGAAGAAUACGAAAGUUCAUCACCACAUUAUAAUGACGAAGAGAUUAAAUGCGAAGAGCAUUUCGCAAAACACACCACUCGUGAUAUCUCCGGAAAUUUUAUUGUUCAGCUGCCGUACUCUGAGAGCCCCUCUUCUCUCGGUGAAUCAAGGGAAAUCGCGGAGAAGAGAUUCUUUCACCUCGAGCGUAAAUUAGAAAAAAAUCCCCACCUCAAGGAACAAUACCACUCUUUUAUGCGGGAGUACAUUGACCUUAACCAUAUGUGUCUCGCUACUACAGCAUUGGAACACUGCGUUUUUCUUCCCCAUCACUGCGUCAUAAAACAGGAUAGCACCACGACAAAAUGUAGGGUGGUAUUUGACGCCUCAUCCAAAACCAGCAGUGGUAAAUCCCUCAAUGACAUUCUCCUCACUGGUCCUGUGCUUCAAGACUCUUUGGUGGAUAUUCUAUUGCGUUUUAGAUUUCCAUCGAUCGUAUUAGCGGGGGAUGUGAAACAAAUGUACAGGAUGGUGCGGCUUUCUGAUAAAGAUCGAAAUUCUAUUCGGAUUCUUUGGCGCUGGUCUAAAAAUGAUCCACUUCAGGAGUAUUGCCUCAACACUGUUACCUAUGGCACUAAGAGCGCCUCAUACCUGGCGACCAAAUGUGUUCAACAACUAUUACUAUCCCACCAAAACCAGUUUUCGACAACCGUAGAGAAGGCGACUAAGGGCAUUUACGUGGACGAUGUCCUUACUGGAGCGGACACCAUUGAAGAAGCCAAGCAACUUCGACGAGAGCUUUCGCAUAUUUUUUCGACUGGCGGUUUUUACUUGCGUAAGUGGACUUCUAACAGCAUUGAAGCUUUGGAAGGUGUACCUGAAGCGGACCUUGAGAUGAAGGUUCCCAUCGAGCUCAACGAGUCGAGUACCGUCAAGACACUUGGCAUCAACUGGCAGCCGUGCAGCGAUGAGUUCAUGUUCAGCAUUCAACUACCUCAGAUCCUUCAGCCCACAAAGCGCAAUAUUCUAUCCAGCAUCGCCAGCCUAUUCGACCCUCUCGGUCUUUUAGCACCAAUCAUCGUCCAAGCAAAGGUGAUAAUGCAGCAAUUGUGGGAGCUGAAGGUGGACUGGGAUACUACUCCCCCUGGUGAGUUGAUUCAUUCUUGGCAAGUUUUUGCGCAAAAUCUGGUUCUUCUUAACUCCUUUCAGAUACCGAGACGAGUCAUCAGCUUGAACGAACCAUCGAAAAUAUUCCUGCACGGCUACAGUGAUGCCUCGGAGAAGGCCAUGGGCGCCUGCAUAUAUAUCCGAGCAGUCGACGACAAAGGAAAUCUAAGCUCACACCUCCUCUGUGCAAAAUCCAAGAUCGCGCCCGUUGGGAACAAGCGAAAAACGUUACCUCGUUUGGAGCUAUGUGCAGCCGUAAUACUCGCACGGCUGAUCAGAAAUGUGUCUAAAGCCAUCAACCGACCUUUCCAUGAGAUACGUGCCUGGGUAGAUUCGACUAUCGUAUUGGCAUGGCUGAAUGGCGGGGCUUCUCGGUGGCGAACCUUUGUUGCCAAUCGAGUAGCAGAGAUCACAACUUGUCUUCCAGCUAUAAAUUGGAGCCAUAUCGAAUCGGAGCAAAAUCCUGCUGACAUCAUCUCACGCGGAGCUUCGCCAGAGCAAAUCCAGUGUAAUACCCUGUGGUGGAAUGGCCCUCCCUGGAGCUUCACACACGAUUAUCUUAAGCCGAUCAACAUUUCGGCAUUAACCACUGCCGAACAACAGCACAUUGCCAAAGAGCAAAAGGCAAUACCGAUUUCUCUUCUCUCUAUUUACGAAAACCGUUUUCUGGAUGAGAUGCUAGCAAGGUACUAUCCAAAUCUCACCAUGCUACUGCGAGUAACAGCUCGCAUAUAUCGUGUUUUUUCUUCUGAACAUCAAUCACUCACACGUCUGCUACCAACCGAACUUGAACGCGCUCAAACGGUUUACAUUCUUCACAUUCAGCAAAAAUAUUUCCAUGCAGAACGAGAGCGUCUCGAACAAAAGGGAGAAGUAAGCACCAGCAGUAGUCUGCACCAACUCAAGCCGUUCUUAGACCAAACUGGAGUGCUCAGGGUGGGCGGAAGGCUGCAACAAUCGGGCCUCAGCUACGACCUUCGCCACCCCAUACUGCUGCCUCGUCACUCAAUUUUUACUUCGCUGGUUUUGAUGCAUGAUCACCUUACUCAUCAUCAUUGUGGUCCACAAACACUGUUGGCAGUAUCCCGCAGAAAGUUUUGGGUACUCAGGGGAGCCAGUGCAGCUAGAAAGAUAUACCGUCAAUGUGUGACUUGUGCACGUGCUAAACCAGUACCGUUAGCUCAACAAAUGGGUCAGCUACCGUUCGAUCGAAUUCAACCGAAUCCGCCGUUUGCAAUUACUGGCGUUGACUACGCUGGACCAGUCAGCAUUGUCAGUCGCCGGACUAGAGGGGCAAAACAAAGCAAGGGAUACAUCGCACUAUUUAUUUGCUUCUCCACAAAGGCAGUACAUAUGGAAGCUGUGUCAGAGCUCACCACUGCUGCGUUCCUGGCUGCAUUUACUCGGUUUUAUAGUCGCUACGGUUUACCAGCAAAAAUGUACUCGGAUAAUGCAACGACCUUUCGCGCAGCAGCCAAACAUCUUCGUGAAAUGUACAAUCUUCUCAAUGCGUCGCAGCAUAAUGAAAUGGUAACCGACUUCAUGACUAACAAGGGCGUGGAAUGGAAAUUUAUCCCUGCUCGCUCCCCGCACCAUGGAGGACUGUGGGAGUCAGCAAUUAAGGUUGCCAAGCAAUAUUUGGCAAAAAUAAUUAGAAAUUACAUAUUCACCUUCGAAGAGUUGUCCACAUUGAUUGCCCAAGUAGCUGCUACCAUGAAUUCGAGACCACUCACGCCGAUAUCGGAUAGCCCAAUGGAUUCACAGCCUCUCACUCCUGCUCAUCUGCUGAUUGGUCGAGCGCUCACCACUAUUCCAGAAAUUAACAUGCUAGAAUGCCAAAUAUCGUCCAUGUCACGUUGGCAGUUUACUCAAUGCCUCGCACAAGAGUUCCGAAGCAGAUGGCAGAAGGAAUAUGUGCUUUCUCUGCAGCGAAUGAAAAGGUGGCAGCGAUCGUCGGUAAACGUUUCGAUUGGAGAUUGCGUUCUUCUGGUGGAUGAUAAUUCGAAACCAAAACAAUGGCCAUUGGGAAGAAUCGUCGAGCUUUUUCCCGGACUUGAUGGACUGAUCAGGGUUGUAGCCGUAAAAACCUGUAGUGGCAUUAUGCGACGUGACAUCCGUAAAAUAAGGGUCAUACCAUUAGACGCAGAUGAAUUUUGUCCCAUGAGACUUGAACCUGAAAUUCCCAGAGGCAAUUUGGUGGGCGGAUUAUGUUCGCGCAGUAUCUCUACGUGA